UUUAUGAGCUGUUUGCUUGUUUAGUAACAAAAAUAUUUCAUACUGAAAACAACUUAUUUUCGGCUUAUUCAUUUCGUUAAUUGCAAAUAUAAGAAUCUCUAACUAUGGUAUCUGGAAAAUCUUUGCGAUUUGUUGGUGUUGAUUUAAUGUCUUAGUAUUUUUGCCGUAUUUUUUAAGGUUCAUAUUAUUAUAUGCAAAUAACCUAACAGCAAUAUUUUCCAUGUAAUGUUUUUGUUAUGGGCAUAUUUUAUGUAGUACUAAAACUAUAAAUAAAACAUAUCAUAAAGGAUGGAUUCAUCUUCCUCAGAAGCUAGCAAUGCAAGCAAUAAUGAUAAUAUAAACAUUUCAUCUUUUGAUACAACUGUUAAGCCAUUGACUCCAUUAGAAAAUUAUAAUGAAAAGGAAAGCUGUUGUGUUAGCCCAGUUGAAGACAUACUGCUAAGAUGGAAUGAUUGCAAUGAUAAUGAUGACAAGACUAUAGAGAAGGACUUAGCUGAUGAAAUGGAACUACUGAAAGAUUCAGAAGAUGAUGAGACUAUUUCUAAGAAGGAAAGGCAUAAAUUAACCAUGACUGACAGUAAAUUACUUAGUGACAAUUCAGUAGCACUGGAGGAUUCUGAUAGUGAUAAUUUAAAUGGCAUUGAAAUAGUAGAACCAGAAUUACUAAAAGAUAAACCUAAUUUAGCUACUAUUGAUGAUAACUCUGUUUCAGUGAAUACAAGAGUAAUAAAAAAAACUCUUAAAGAUCCCAAUGUUAUGUUGGAAAUACCCACAUACAUAGAUAUUAGUAACAGUGACUGUCAAUUGAAUGAUACAUUUAAUAUUAUGGAUUACAAAAAUGAUGACCAUUUUGUAAACAAUAAAAAAAUAUUAACUGAUACUGUUAAUAAAAUUGAAGAAGAUCAAUAUAAAUCUAGCAUUGUAAGCCACAUAUUGAAAUCUCUUAAAAAUGAAGAAACAAUGCUUGAUAUUGAUGCUGAUAAAAUGAAAGAAAUACAGUCUAAUAUAGAAGAUAAUCUUUUGAAAUCCCCUGAAAAUGAAGAGAACUUACUUGAUGAUGAACCAAUAUUAAUUGAUUCUGAGGAUCCUGAAAUUAUUAAUAUUAUAGAAGAUGAUGAUAUUUUAGAGCCAACUCUUAACAGAAUGUCUCCUCAGAAAUGUGAUGCAUCAGAUGACAGACCUACUUCAGAUACUGAAGACCUUGAUCAGUCAGAUAAUAGUUUUUUUUCUGAUAUAGAUGUUAUUCUGCCAACAGACCCAGAAAAUGUAUUUAAAAACGAAGAUACUGAUUUAUUGUUAGGAAAUAUAGCUCCUCAAACUAGUUUGACAGUAAAUAAAUCAAUAGAACCACAAGUAACAGCUAAAGAUAAUGACAAAGAGUCAUCUAUUGACUUGCCAUCUGAUAAAAACAUAGAAAAUGAGUGCAUUGACACAAGUGCAGGUGACAUAGUCCAUAAAAUAGAUGAGUUAAUGAGGACUUCAUCUGAAAGUAAUAAUCAAUCAUAUAUGGGUGUUAGUACUCCUACAAUUACUAUCACUCCUUUAUCAUGUCAGAAUAAAGAUUCAAAUUUAAACCUAAAACCUGGGGAUAAUUUAAAAGCAAUACAAGAUAACACACAAAUAUCAAGCCAGAUUAUGAAAGAUCCAUUGUUGUCUGAAGACAAAAAAAAUAUUGAUGAUUCUCAUCCAUUAACAUCAAAAGAAAUUAGAACUGAUGCCAUUUUAUACAACUGUAAAGAUACUAUACAUAACUGCCUUGAGCAAGACAAUAUUUCUUCUUCACCAAAUAAUUUAAAUGAUCGAAAUAAUGCUAUUCCAAGAACAUCGAUAGACUCUAGGGAGAAGAACUCUAAGUCAAAUACUGAGAUCUCAUUAGAAAAUACUAAAGUUGAUAAUGAGAGUACAUCUAUUAUAGAAGAACUUAAAAAAGAAUACCCUGUACCAGACCAUACCAAAAAAGAAGAAACCAUGAAACCAAAUGAUGCUAUUCCAAACAAACCUAAGGAUCUCAAAGAUUCAACUUUAAAAUUGGAUAAAGCUAUUCCAUCCACAUCUAAGAUAGAAACAAUUCAACACAUUGAAGACCAAGGACAGAAACUUCAAGAAAACAGAGACCCCAUUCCCUCUACCUCAAAAACUGAUGAAGAUGGACAAAACACAUCAGACAGUCUUGGAUUGUUGGCCGAAUCCUCUCGUAUGAUGGAAGACGAUGAGGAUCAAGAAGAGGACGAAGAAGGUGAUAAUGGGGAUGAUGAAGAAGAAUUUGAUCCAGAAUAUGAAAACAGUAACCAAAUGACUGUUGAACAAUCAGAGGAUUCAAACACCCGUCAUUCAGAAAUAGAUGGCAAAGAAAUCAAAGAGGAUGACAAAAUUGCUGAGAGGCCAUUUGAGUUUACUGCGCAGAAGGAUGAUCAGCAAGAGGAAACUACUAAUGAGGCUAAUGAAAACGAAGAUGCCGAUGAAGUGACAGUCGAAGCACAGGAUUCCAUUGACAUAGAAUCAAAACUGUCUGACACUUCUGAUGAGGAAAAUAAGUGUAAAGAUUUACCUGAGGAAAAAACUGAAAAAUCUCAAAGUGUUGACGACACAAAUGUUGUUGAAUUAGAUUCCGAAGAUGAUGUUCAAGAGACAAAAGACGAUUCUGAUGUGACGUCAGUGAACCUCCCGGCCGGUAUAGAUGUCAUUGCGUCUCACUCUAGCGUAGCGAAUACCGACAUACGCGUGAAAGAGGGGGAGAUAGUCAUAAGCGGUAUACCGAAACCAGCGGCUGUUAAAGUUGCGAGACUGAAUACAGCAGAAGUGUCUAUAAAAACGACAAAACUCCCACCACCUGAAGUAUUUAAUUUGGAUUCUGACGAGGACAUGGAGGUUGAUAAAGAAGCUGUCGAAAAUAAUUCCGAAGAUACAGCAGAAGCUCAAUUGAAAAGUAUGAAAUGUGUCAACGAAGCGUGUCCACACCUUACGAACGUAUUUUAUGUGGCUGACACUAGUGCUUUGUCAUUUUACAACGCAAAGAAGUGUCGAUAUGUAUGCGAGAUAUGUGCGGAGGCUGUUGUUAGAAGAAAUGAGAGACUCAUUGAAGGUAUACGUAAAUUCGAAAGUCUUGUCCUCUUAGAUUUGGGCAAAGAUAUAAAGGAUUCAAUAGAAGUCCUGGAUUCAGACUCUGAUGAUGACGUCGAUCCCGCGGAUUUAGCCAAAGAGGUUGUGGGAGAGGAAGGGGCUAAGUUACUUAAAGAACACUUAGCUGAUAUAUUUAAUGAGCAAUGGGACAAAUACAAGAUGGAAACCAGAUUAUUAGAAAGUGUUGAUUGUUUGAAGACGGAAAUGGAGGAGCUUGAGAGACAAAGCAAAGAAGUAGACGAAAUGUUGAAGGAAUGUCAAAAGACGACUGACAAUUUUCGUAACGAGUUAUAUGCUACAUUCAAACCUGAAAUUAAGCAAUUACCACCCCUUAAUAUAUCUGAUACGAAUCAGAUUACGUGCUAUGAAACACAUAAUAUGGAGACGCGCCUCUCGAAACGACGUAUGGCGUCAAGUGUCGAGACACCCGCGAAACGAAAGGCUGAUUGUGAGAAAACUAACAAUGAUUAUACAGGUGAUUUCGGUGACAAAGGUGACGACGAUAACACGGACAUAACAGUAGUACAAUUGUCUACGGAGAACGCACCACCAGAUCUGCCACCUGUCGGCGAACUGGAACGUCCACAUUUACGACCCGGAAUGCCGGUAUAUGCCAUGAGGAAUAUGUUUGGGACAUGGGGCAAAGCGCAUAUCGUUGAAGUCAAUGGGGCUUCGAAUUCGCCAUUUUCCAUGUGUCGUAUCAAAUUCGAUAAAUCCCAGAAGAACGUGUAUAAGAGUCUCAGCGCACGAAAUCUGGCUUAUUGCGAACCAGCUAAUGCGAGGAUGACUAUUGGUACACGCGUCAUAGCGCUGUUUCAAGGAUCUGUUGAGGUGGGUAAAGACAGCAAGCUGCGAGAGAAGUUCUAUUCUGGUAUUGUGGCUGAAGUCCCUAAUCCUGUUAAUAGCUUCAGAUAUUUAAUAUUCUUUGACGAUGGCUACGCCCAAUACGCCACCCAUGCGGACACACGUCUAGUCUGUGAAUAUUCCACUCAAGUGUGGGAGGAAGUUCAUCCAUUCUCGCGACUCUUUGUGAAGGAGUACCUCUUCAAUUACCCCCAGAGGCCCAUGGUCAGAUUGAAGGCCAAUGAGACAAUUAAAACCGAGUGGAAGGACAAAUGGUGGCCAUCGAAGGUUGUCAAAGUAGACGCGUCGCUAGUUCUAGUGCAAUUCCUGAUGGGUGAAUCUAAGGCUAGGCUGGAAUGGAUUUAUCGUGGUUCCACGAGACUCGAACCCCUCUACCGCGAGAUUCAGGCCGCGGGUAGACAGCGGCAGAGAGCUAUGCCGCGUCCGCAAGCGGUUUCGAGGCCAAAUAUGCCGAUUGUGGAGUACAUGCGGUCGGAUGAACAAAAGUCGACGGAGUUGCAGAAUAUCAAAGAUAUUAAUAAUGAGGAUCUCCGUCGGCAACGCGCAGUAGCGAAGAAGUCGACAGCCACGCCUACGCCCCCACCAGCAUCGAACCCCACACCCACAAAGUUAGACAGCUUCUAUAGUCGAGUCGUGUACUAUACUCCAAAAAAAGCAGUGCGUCCAUACAAAAUACCCGCGAAUCAUGUUUGUGGGCCGAAUUGUAAAAGAAAGGAUGUAUUGUCGUUGAAGGAUCUGCUCACGUACAAUCCACUCGCAAAACCGCUGCUCAGUGGUUGGGAAAGGCAAAUAGUACGUUCAAAAUACGACAAACGCGUAAUGUAUCGCGCGCCUUGCGGACGUCGUAUACGUAACAUGGAGGAACUGUUGCGUUACCUGCAAACGAUCAAAUCGGAUAUGGGCGUGGAUCUGUUCGACUUUGGACCUAACACACACUGUUUGGCCGAAUUCGUCAUCAAUAAGUACGUCGUUUCUAAGAAGGAUCUAGCGAAUGGCAAAGAGAACGUACCGGUCCCGUGUGUGAAUUUCUAUGAUGGUUCGCUGCCAGAAUUCUGUGCGUACAGCACGGAAAGAACGCCAACAGCGGGAGUACCACUUAACUUGGACCCGGAGUUUCUGUGUGGAUGUGACUGUGAAGAUGAUUGUGAGGACAAAACAAAAUGUGCCUGCUGGAAACUGACGCUAGAGGGCGCUAAAACUAUCGGGAUAGAGGGUGAAGAUGUUGGAUAUGACUACAAACGCCUGCCGGAACCAUUGCGUACAGGCAUUUACGAGUGCAACUCUAGAUGCAAAUGUAAAUCUACGUGUUUAAAUCGAGUCGUCCAACACCCAUUACAAUUGAAAUUACAGGUUUUUAAAACUCCGAAUCGCGGCUGGGGCAUUCGAGCAUUAAAUGAUGUUCCCAAGGGUUGCUUUAUUUGUAUUUACGUUGGAAAUCUACUUACAGACGCUACUGCCAACCUGGACGGUUUAAACGAGGGCGACGAAUACUUGGCCGAGUUGGACUACAUAGAAGUCGUGGAACAGACAAAGGAAGGCUACGAAGAAGAUAUCCCGGAAUCCAUUAAGGCUUUAGAUAAGAAAGAGGGUAAUAAAACAUCUGAAGAGAGUGAGAGUGAAGAGGAGGAAGAAGAAGAAGAGGAAACGAAGACUCAGAGCGAGGAUGAAGAGUUCAAACCUGUUGGCUACUCACCCAUACCUGAGGCCAUACAGUUCAAUAAGCGUUUAAGAAAACGAAAGAUGGAAGAAGAAAACAAGUCGGUCAAGAGUGAAGUGAAACAAGAUGAGACGGAAAAAGAAGGGACUGGCGAAGAUGGAUGUAUCACAAUUAGUGAUGAUGAGGAAGUUCGUGAGCCGUCCCGCUUCACAGCUGCAGCUGGGAUGGGGGAGGGUGACUUUGUUUCUAGGCAUAGAUCUGUUCGUAAAUUAUUCGGCGAGGACGAGGCGUGUUACAUCAUGGACGCUAAGGUGCAAGGCAACAUUGGACGAUAUCUUAACCACUCAUGCUGCCCAAACGUAUUCGUGCAAAACGUGUUCGUGGACACACACGAUCCGCGAUUCCCGUGGGUUGCGUUCUUCGCGAGCACGCACAUAAAGGCCGGCAAAGAGCUCACCUGGAACUACAAUUAUGACAUCGGAUCGGUUCCCGGGAAAGUUCUGUACUGCUACUGCGGGGAGACAAAUUGUAGGGGACGACUACUGUAGUUGUAUUAUCUGCCUUCACUGCCAAUAUUUGUAAUUUUCAUAUUUUUGUUGUGACGUCAUUAGUGAAUAUUUUCGUAUCAUUAUUAUUGUCAUAGAUUUAUUUUUAAGACUGGUGAAUAUAGCACAUUAUUCAUUGAAUACUUAUAUAUUGUAACUACAUAAUAAAAAAUGUUAACGCAUUGUUAAUUAUGCAACCCACUUUUGCUUGAAUAUACAAAAUACCACUGCUUUUAUGCGAAAAUAAUGUUACGUAAAAAAUAUAGGGUUCCAUAAGCACAGUAUAGAAUUUUAGGAAAACGUUUGGAGCGAUAAUAACACCUUAAGAAUAUGUUGUUUUGACAUCUUUUCAGCCACGAUGGCCGCUUGUUUUAGUUUAUUUUAUUUAUGAACGUAAAACUUUGAAAGCUAUCAAAAUCUAAAGCAAUUUUCUAGUUUUAUUUUGAAUCAAUUGUAAAUAUUCGAGUAUAAGUUUAUGAUAUCAAUCGUUUAAUCUGUUUUAUGUAUGUAUAUUCUCUGUAGUUGCUGGGUGACAUAAGUCGAAUAACAGAAUCCAUUUUUUUAUUACGUAACGGAUUUGGGGGGGGGCGUCCUCUUGUAAAACGUUACGAUGCGGG